GUUUAAUUUCGUUUCUAAGUAACUAUACAAGAUUGUACUGUAUAAGUAUCUCUGUGAUUUUAAUAUUUUUAAAUUUAAAAAUUAUUAAUUAUCAAUUUUUUAUUGCCAAAUAUAAACUUUAAUAUAUUUUAAGUGGAAUAUUUAUAUUUUAUUUAAUAUAUUUCAUGUUUGAAAAUAUGGAUAGUCAUCUCACGAAUCAGGAAAAUGAACGCGAGGCGCCAAAAUAUCAAAACACUUAUCGUUUGAAUGCUUAUAAUCCUUUUAAAGUAGAUCCAGUGGAUAAGAUUGUAAAAAUGAUAAUGAUAAAUAAGUUAGAAGAUAUCUCUUAUGAUGGUACGGAGUGCUCGAAAAUUUGUGAAUCAGUAGCCACGGAUAUAAGAGAAAAAAUAAAAAAUUUGAAUUUCGAUCGAUAUAAAAUCGUGGUCAAUUUAACCAUUAUAGAGAAAGCGAAUCAAGGUAUACAAUCAAUUAUGGGAUUUCUUACGGAUACCGAGAGAGAUAAUUAUUCUACAUUUACAUACGAAGCUCGAACAUUUUACGCUUAUUGUUUUGCGUUUGGAAUUUAUUACGAAUAAACGUUAAUAUUUUAAUAUUAA